AUGGGUUACUGCGAUACCAUCGGCAUUGACCUCGGCACAACAAGGUCGUCUGUGGCGGUAUGGGACGGGACUCAGGUCCACGUCAUUGCCAACGAGUCAGGAGACAACACAACUCCUUCCUGGGUGACCUACUGCAGCUCCAACUCUAGACGAGUUGGCAAGUACAUACACGGAACUGUGUAUCAUGCAAAGAGGCUCAUCGGACGUCCUUUCUCUCAAGACUUGAUCGAGGAGAAGGCAGCCCUGCACUGGCCCUUCAACGUUGUGGACCAGGACGGAAAUGCUGCGAUAGGGAUCAAGGUGGAGGAUGAGGACAAGAUCGUGAGCCCCGAGGAGAUUGCAGCAGCCAUUCUCAGCUACCUCAAGAGAAUUGCAGAAGAAUACAUUGGCAGAGCUGUGGACAAGGCAGUCAUUACCGUCCCUGCCUACUUCAGCGAUUCUCAAAGACAAGCUACGAGAGACGCAGGGCUCAUUGCUGGCCUUGAGGUCCGGAGGAUACUCAAUGAGCCGACCGCUGCUGCCCUCGCGUUUGGAGUGCUUGAGCCCGAGCACCCGAUCCUCAAGUCGGUCUCUGCUCUUGCCAAGAUCGAAACCUCCACAGAAGCCUCGCCGGCAGCGGAAGAAGCAGCCAGCAACGCUGAGAACACAAACCCUGACACUGCAGACCCUGAAGGCAGCUUGGAGGAGGCGGUAGCCGAGCACAACAUGCUCGUGUUCGACUUCGGAGGAGGGACACUGGACGUGACGAUCAUGAAGAUAAGCGGAAUGUCGUUCAAGGUGAGGUCAACCGACGGGGACAUGCAAGUUGGCGGUGAAGAUAUCGACGCUCUUCUCGUGCAGCAUUUCGUCAAGGUGUUCCGAGCCAAGACAGGAGUGGAUCUGGAAGGGCAUGCAGACGAAGCGAAGCGUCUCAAGGCCUACAAGAAGUUGACUCAGGCGUGUGCGCAACUGAAAGUUGAGCUGUCAAGAGUCAUGGAGAGUGACAUGUGCAUAGAUGACAUGUUCGACGGGAUCGACUUUGAGACGAGUCUGACGCGAAAGGAAUUCGAGGAGAUAGCACAGCCUGUGUUUGCCAAACUCCAGGACCCGAUUGAUAGAGCGCUGCAUAAAGUGCAUGGUGGGAUUGAGCGAACAGACAUCGACAAGAUUCUGUUGGUCGGGGGAUCUUCGCGAAUCCCGAGGGUACAGGAGAUGCUUCAGGAAAUGUUCCCCGGGACGGAACUUUGUCGGAGAAUUAACCCAGAUGAGGCAAUAGUGAUCGGCGCUGCCAUUGAGGCCUCGAGGACUGUAGACAUGAUAGACGUUGUUCCACGACCACUGUGCAUAGCUACAGCGAAUCAUCGUGACAGUAGCUCAGAGGGCGUCUCCUACACCGAGUGCUUUGCAAACUCCAGGGACGACCAGACGUGCAUCACGUUGCGAAUAUGCGAAGGCGAGGCUGAGUUCUUCGACGACAAUGUCAAGCUUGGAGUCUUCGAAGUCACCGACAUUCCACCGCGUCCACGGGGGCAGGUCACGAUCAAAGUGAACAUGAAGGUGGACAGCAACGGAAUUCUCAGCGUGGCUGCGAAAGUGGACCAAACGGGGCAAGAGAUGGAAGUUACUGAAAUAUUGAUCCAGAAGUAUUUCAGGAAAAGCAAGCUGAGAACCAGAGAUAUGAGGCGAACUCUCAAUCAUGACAAGCUCCGGGUGCUCACAGGAGUCUCGUUUGUUGCUUCGGGAUGA